GAGGAGCAGCGCUGUUUGUGAGGAGCAGGGCUGGAGCUGUAAGGAAGCUGCGGGUGGGCUAUCGUGACUGAAAGCUCCUCUGCGCUGAGUGCCAGUUAAAUGGCAUAUGGACCGCGUACUUCGCCUAAUUAAUUCAUUUAUUCAUGCACACUGAGGGAGAUUUAAUAGAGACAGAGUUUAACAGCAACAACGAUGUGGAUGUUACAGGCUGCCACCAUUCUGACUCUGGGUUUGGGAGUCCUGGCUCAGUAUUUUCCUGACCACAGUGAUAAAUGUACAGAGGGGAGCUGUUACCCAGCCACUGGGGACCUGCUGAUCGGCAGAGCUCACAAGCUCACAGCCUCAUCCACCUGCGGCCUAAAUGGACCAGAGACCUACUGCAUCGCUGGAAAGUGUUUUGUGUGUGACUCUCGAGAGAAGUACAAUGAGUACACAUACCCCAACAGCCACACCAUCGACAACGUGGUCACAACCUUCACUCCCAACAGGCUCAAGACAUGGUGGCAGUCCCAGAACGGAGAGGAGAACGUGACCAUUCAGCUGGACUUGGAGGCUGAAUUCCACUUCACACAUAUCAUCAUGACCUUUAAGACAUUUCGUCCUGCAGCAAUGGUGAUCGAGCGGUCAGCAGAUCAUGGCCAGAGCUGGAAGGUGUACCGUUAUUUUGCAUCCGAUUGCUCCGCAUCCUUUCCAUACAUCUCCCAGGGUCCAGUCAUCAAUGUUGAUGAUGUCAUCUGCGAUUCACGCUACUCUGACAUGGAGCCUUCAACAGAAGGAGAAGUCAUUUUCAGAGCUCUUGACCCUGUGUUUAAGAUUCCUGACCCCUAUAGCCAGCAAAUACAGAAUCUGCUGAGAAUAACAAACCUCCGUGUGAGCAUGCUACAGUUACACACCCUCGGUGAUAACCUGCUGGAUGGCCGUGAGGAUGUCAAACAGAAGUAUUACUAUGCCAUCUACGACAUGGUCGUCCGUGGCAGCUGCUUCUGUUAUGGCCAUGCCUCCGAGUGUGCACCAGUCAGAGGAAUCGAGACAAGUGAGGAAGGGAUGGUUCACGGCCUCUGUCUGUGCAAGCAUCACACUACUGGACUGAACUGUGAGGAGUGUCAGGAGUUGUAUCAAGAUGUGCCCUGGAGACCGGCAGAAGGCCGAAACACCAACGCGUGCAAGAGAUGUGAGUGUAACCAUCACUCUGACAAAUGUCACUUUGACAUGGCCGUCUAUCUGUCGUCUGGGAACAUGAGUGGAGGAGUGUGUGAUAACUGUCAACACAACACACAGGGCCAGCACUGUGAGAGCUGUAAGCCUUUCUUUUACCAGCACCCCAACAGACAUCUCCGAGACCCUCACAUCUGUGAACCAUGUGACUGUGACCCACGCGGCUCUUUAAACGGCGGUGUGUGUGACAGUGUGACGGACGUUCUGAGGGGUAUGGUUGCUGGACAGUGUCGCUGUAAGCCCAAUGUGGAGGGAGAGCGCUGUGAUUACUGCAAGCAGGCACACUAUGGACUCAGCGAAGACCCACAGGGCUGUCUGUCAUGCAGCUGUAACCCUCUGGGCACACUCCCUGGAGGAAACCAGUGUGACGCAGCCACUGGAGACUGCUACUGCAAACGUCUCGUCGCCGGCCGAUACUGCAACCAGUGUGCUCCUCAGCACUGGGGUCUCAGCAAUGAUAUGGAUGGCUGCCGACCAUGUGACUGUGAUCUGGGCGGGGCUUUGAACAACAAUUGUUCUCCAGUGACAGGGCAGUGUGUGUGUAGAGAGCACAUGUUUGGCAGGCGCUGUGACCAGGUGGAGUCUGGCUAUUAUUUUGCUGCCCUGGAUCACUACAUCUACGAGGCUGAGGAUGCAGCAUUCAAACCGGAGGUGAAGGUUGUCCCUAGGCCGCUGCCUGUUGAUCGUCAGCCUACCUGGACUGGCACUGGCUUUGCAAACGUGCCUGAAGGAGAAAAAAUCAGUUUCACCAUUGACAAUGUGCCGCAGUCAAUGGAAUACACCCUGCUGAUCCGCUACGAACCACAGUUGCCAGAUGUGUGGGAGCAGGUGAUGGUGGAUGUAGUGCGCACUGGCUUCCCCUCACCAUCUGCACACUGUUCACCUCCUUAUGCUGACCAGCAGAGUGUUUCACUGCCCCCAGGAUACAGGUAUGUGGUUCUGUCCAGACCACUGUGUUUAGAAAAAGGACAGAACUACACAGUGGAAAUGUUACUGGCCCUUUAUUCAUCAAGUGAUCUUCAUCAUCAUCCACACAUGUUCAUCGACUCUAUCGUGCUGCUGCCAGUGGUGAGGGAUUUGGAGUUGUUCUCAGGGUCAGCUGACCGACAGGCAGCAUGGGAGAUGUUUCAAAAGUACCGCUGUCUAGAGCGAAGCCAGAGUGUCCAGAAAACCCCUAUGACUGACAUCUGCAAAGAAUACAUCUUCAGUGCAUCUGCCCUGCUGCACCAGGGGGCAAUGGAGUGUCAGUGUGAUCUGAGGGGCUCGCUGAGUUUGGUAUGUGACUCCAUCGGUGGGCAGUGUCCAUGUCGGCCAAAUGUGAUGGGAAAGAAGUGUGACACCUGUGCUCCCGGCACCUUCCAGCUCGGACCCUCCGGCUGCAGAUCAUGUGAGUGUGACUCGUUGGGCUCGCAGAAUGCCUUCUGCCACGCCACCACAGGCCAGUGUACAUGUCUACCAGGUGUUUAUGGCCCUAACUGUGCCCACUGUCUGCCAAACCACUGGGGCUUCCCUCACUGCCAGCCGUGCUUCUGCAACGGCCACAGCCAACACUGCCACCCGCAUACAGGACAGUGCCUGGAGUGUACAGACCACACCACUGGACCCCACUGCGAGAGGUGUGAGAAUGGUUACCAUGGCAACGCACUGCUAGGCAGCGGGGAGCGCUGUCGGCCCUGUAUGUGCCCUGAUGGCCCAGGGAGUGGCAGACAGUUUGCUGACACCUGCUACCAUAAACCCAACUCACUCCAGCUCGUCUGUGUUUGCAGUCCAGGAUAUAAAGGACCCAGGUGUGAGGAAUGCGCUCCUGGUUUCUAUGGCAACCCGGAGGUGGUGGGUGGACGGUGCCACCCUUGUCAGUGUAACGGAAACAUAGACAUGCAUGACCCGGGGUCCUGCGACUCCCGCACGGGCGUCUGCCUCAAAUGCCUGUUUCACACUGAGGGCCACAGGUGCCAGCACUGCAGCCCUGGUUACCAUGGAGAUGCCAGCACUCAGAGCUGCCAGAAGUGUAUGUGCCUGCCAUUGGGCACUGCUGCUCACAGCUGUGUGGAUGGUGAGUGUGAGUGUGAUCGUGUGAGUGGUCAGUGCGCCUGUCUGCCCGGAGUGGAGGGACUCCACUGUGAUCACUGCGCCCCCAAUACCUGGAACAUUAACAGUGGAGAUGGCUGCCAGCCAUGCCAGUGCCACCCCACACACUCCUACAGCCUCUCCUGUGAUCUGCUGUCGGGUCAAUGCUCCUGUAAGCCUGGUUUUGGUGGCAGGACAUGUGAGGAGUGUAGAGAACUGUUCUGGGGUGAUCCAGAAGUCAAAUGCUAUGCGUGUGACUGUGACCCACAAGGCAUUGCUACUCCACAGUGUAACAAGAUGACAGGCAGGUGUGUGUGUGUGGAGGGUGUGACUGGCCAGCGCUGUGACUCUUGUGGGCGGGGCUAUGUAGGAACAUUUCCGGACUGCCAGCGAUGUCAUCAGUGCUUCAGCGAUUGGGAUGUAACAGUGGGAGAGUUAACCAAUCAGACUCAGAGGCUGGCGGACACCGUGGACGACCUCAAAGUGUCCGGCGUGACAGUGGCCUAUCAGGACACAAUAUCCAGUCUAGAAGGUGGAGCCAAGCAGCUCACUCAGAUAAUAGAGGACAACAAAGCUCAACAAACCCUCACACACUCUCAGAACCUACUGCAGCAAGCCAAUGAGAUGAAGUUGGCUCUGGAGCACUCUCUGAACCGUUCAGAGGCAACUGUGAAUCAGGUUUCUGCAGAACAUGCCAAAGCUGUGGAUGAGCUUAACACAUUAACUCAAGAGGCUCAGAGACUGCAAGACAGCACAGAGGAGAAACAGCAGCAGGUGCUGCACAUCAAACACUCUGACCUCCGCGGUGCAGCAGACAGCAUUAGAGAAUAUUAUCAGCAGUCAGUGGAUGCGGAGAGUCGAGCCACUCAGGCCACCACUGACCCCCUCAGCCCAGUGGAGCAAUCCACAGGCCUACGGCAAGCCGCAGAGACCACACUAAAUGCCAUACAGGCAGAGUUUGAGCUGAAGCAGCGGCUGCAGGGUGAGAGACUGGACAAGCUGAACAAGGAACUGGAGCAGGAUGACCUGUCAAAACACAGCUAUCAGGUGUGUGGUGGGGUGUCUGGCCCAGAUAGCUGUGGAGACUGUGGAGGUUUGGGGUGUGUAGGUGAAGACGGAGUGCCUCAGUGCGGUGGUGAGAACUGUCAGGGUUUGAUCACGAAGAGCAGUGAAAUGUGGAGCAAAGCUAAAGACCUGGACCAGGACAUCCUGAACUCACUGAAGGAAGUGGAAAAGCUCCACAGGAUGGUGUCUGAUGCUCGUGGCCGUGCAGAUGAGGCUAAACACAGCGCUCAUGAUGUCCUACUAAAGGCCAAUCAGAGCAAAGCUAGAGUUGAGCAGACCAAUCAAGAGCUACGAGAGCUAAUUCAGGAAAUACGAGACUUUCUUACAAAUGGAACAAAUCUGGAGCGUAUUGAGGCUCUGGCUGAUGAGGUGUUGAAGCUGAGGAUGCCCGUGGAGGCCCAUGAGCUAAAGAAUAUAACCAUGGAGAUUCGGCAGCAUGUGGCAAAUCUGACCAGUGUGGACAACAUUCUUGCUGAAAGUGCUGACCAAGCCCGAAUAGCCGAGAGGUUGCUGCAACAGGCACGCACCAUCAGUGAAAAGGCCUCCGAGCUGAAGGAAGAGGCUGAUGGGGUGAAGACUGCAUUAAGUGAAUCUGAGCAUGCUCAGACUGCAGCCAAUGACAGCCUGAAAGCAGCCAAGAGUGACCUCGACAACACACAACAGCAAUUGGCCUCUGUGGAGUCAGAGACGGCUGCAUCAGAGUUUAAGUUAAGUAAUGGCACUCAGCGUUUGCUUGAUCUGGAGAAGGGUGUCCGUGUGGUCAGAGAGAAAACUCUGGAAACCUCCAACAUUGCAGAUGUUACUAAGAGACAAACUGACUACAUCUCUGAAGACACCGCGCAAACCAAACGGGCGUUAGAGUUGGAAGUGGAACCUAACUUCAAGUUAGUGAGCGGACUGAUAGAGCAGAAGGCAGUGGGUGUAUCCAUGGCACGUGAGAGGGCAAUGCAACUACAGCAGGAGGCAAAGGACCUUCUGGAAGAUGCUACAAGCAAAUUACAGAAACUAAGAGAGCUGGAGAGAGAUUUCUCGGUAAACCAGCGGACUCUGGCAGAGCGCGCGGAGGAGCUGAAGCGCUUGGAGAAGGCGGCCGAAGACAUCCUGCUUGAACUUAGCCAGAAAGUUACAGGCUACAGCACCUGCCUGUAGCUGCACCAUGACAAGCCACUUUCUGCUCAAUUUAACCAAGAUUCUGGGAGUAAGCCUUCUGUGCUGGGGGACAGAAAGCACAUUAGUAAUAGUUUCCACACUUCUGUCUUCUGUCAAGCAAAUGUUUCCCAGUUCUGGUCUCAAGUCCAGCUGCAGUGAACAUUGUAGCAUUUUCCCAGUUCUAUCACUCCAGACUCAACUCAUCAGCUUAUUACCAAGCACUUCAUUAGUUUAAAGGGGAGUUCCACCGAUUUUUCAGAAUGUCUGCAUAAUUCAGUGAUUGAGAUAUAAAUAAAGUCAUUCAGACUGUUUUGAUGUGAAAUAGUUAAUUUGUAGAGAAACUUACCCUCUCAGAUCUCUUUACAGUGGUGGUGAUAGGAACCAGGUGUCCCAAUGUCUUCAACACAAAUA